AUGGCAGCCAGGCUUUCCCGAAGCCUGCCACAGGUCAAUCGCCAUGUUUUCACUAGGUUAUCGUCCCGCGCGAUACCUCGCGUUGCGAACCUUAGUGCCCGUGCUGGCUUGGUAGCACAUCGCAAUACCCGGAACGUCGCGCCUUGGACCUGCCGCGUAAAACAGGCCAAUAUCGCGCGAUUUUCCCAUACAGAUUCUGGCUCAUCGGUGGAACCAGAGGUUGGCAUUCUCGACGCUACCGGUUACAAGGGAUCGAGCGUUACGGAGAAACAUUGGAUGGACCACGAAGUAGGAGCUGUGGACGCAUUGAUUGAACCGCAAGCUGUCUUGCAUUUCGUCGAAUUCAUCACAUCUGGCAUCCUGCCGAACGGGAAGAAGACCGAUUUAACUUUGCUCAAUGCAGAUGAAUUCGCACUAUUCAUGGCCCCGAGUUCACAGUGGGCGCCUGCGCCGUUCAACACGGCCGAUAUCCCAAUUGUGCAAAAGGCAAUCCAGCGGAUCACCGGCCCGGAGGAUUUGAGCGGAUUGUGCCGAGUUGGGCAUAAUAUUCACUUCCUCAAACGGCGCCUCUGGGGAGGCCUUGCCCCCGUGCCCGCAUCGCGAUGGCGCGAAAAAGAUCUCAACAACCCGGAGCAUUUCGCGAUCGCCUAUGAAUACCUGACCUCCGUGAUUGCCGUCUUCGAGUAUCUCAAUCUUCCUCAGAUCCGGACUAACAUGUGCGACACCUUCAACAAGAUAUCUGGUGACUUUGGAGAAAUGCAGGACGCGCUGAAUGCCCGGCGCAAAACCCGGGGCCUUUCUGCCGAGGUCGACCUUACUGCUCUUUGGGAACAAUUCAUUCGCGCACAGUACGAAGUCAUGACCAGCACCGCCCAUUCCUGGGUCCUGGCCCACGUUGCCGAAUUGCGUGAACGGACAUUGGACAGCUUCACUGCGAUCCAGGUGGAGGAAGCAAAAACCCCAGAGAUGGAACUUUUCACGCAGCGGUGGACUGACCUCAUUAACGUCACUUCGAUGGCAGAUUUCAACAUUUGGAUGUCCAUGGACGGGUACAACGGCUACCAUGCGCCCUCCGACAUCGUCGCUGGGCUACACAAUCCUGACCUAAAGAACCAAGACAUGAACUCUGGAUUUUCCAAGCUCCUGAUGGACCGACUCACAAAAUGUGUCGAGGCUCAGAACGAGGCUGCGAAGGUUCAAGGACCAAGCGCGACGGAGAGUGACGCGGCCCGCCGCGAGCGCGUUUCUAUUAGCACAGUAGUACAGGAUGAACUGCGUGAAAAGAUACGCGGCCGUACGCCAUCGCCGCAGCCACCUGCGCAGCCCUGGAUCCAGCAACUCCUUCGGGCGCAAGAGGCGACCCUGAGCUUGGACCCGUCGGAGAGACAAGACUAUGGCUUCGGAUUGGCAAUCUACCGCGCAGCGCACAACGUCUCCGAUGAGAAGUGGGAAAGGCUACAACGGGACGUGGAAGCUCACUUCUCGACAUGGAGUGACGGCGUCCAGCGCGCUGACGAGCUGAAACCACUACUCAAACUGCAUUGGUUUGACGGCAAGGAACUAGGCUUCGACGCAACAAAACCCGUCCCAGCAGCAAGGAGACACUACCAAGAAAUCCGGUCCUCGGAGGAGUGGAGCCAUAAACUAGCACCAUCUGUUUUCCUUCUCAUCGAUCACAUGGGCGUGGGCUCAUAUACCGACGACGCAUUCACCACCUCCUACACAAAGGACAAAGGCCUCCUCAAAGGCGACUUCCAAGGCCUCGUCCUAGCCGUCGACCCAGACUUCGAUGAGAGUGCCACUGCAAGCGAAAGUGCAGACGGCACGGCCAAGGAAGACCCCCAGGAGGAAGCCCUCCCAUACCAGGGCCAGAUGCGCAUCCUGGGUAACCUCGUCUGGAGCGAGCUCUAUCCUAUGCUCAUGCUGCAGUCUGUGGGACUACAGCAUCUCUGGCUGCAGGCGCGGGACCAUCCGUUGAAGGUAUAUACGGGGCCGACGGUGCCCAGUCAAGUUGAGCCGUGGAAGGAGAGAAAUGCCAUCAAGACCCAUAUGAUGGAUAGCUUUGUGGAAUUUCUCAAAAGAAGGAUCCCAACCUAG